AUGAACAAAUUACUUCUUGUUCUUACCGGAGUUCUAGCUCUCGGUAGCACUCUCUACUUACUUUCAAAUUAAUCUUCUAACCUAAGAUUGAAUAUUGAAAACGAUAUUACCAUUCAAUGGAAGUUGUUCAAGAGCAGAUUCAAUAAGAGAUACGCUGAUCCUAUCACUGAAUCCUACAGAUUACAAGUAUUCGCCUCUAACUACUUAAGAGUUUUGUCUGAUGUUACCGGUACUUUUGGUGUUACCUAAUUCUUCGAUUUGACUGAAGAAGAGUUCGCUGCUACUUACUUAACUCUUAGAGUUUAACGUAACGUAAAUGCUACUGUUUCAAGCCCAUCUACCCCUAAGGGACAAUAUGAUGUUAACUGGGUUACUAGAGGAAAAGUCUCUGCUGUUAAGGACUAAGGCUAAUGCGGUUCAUGUUGGGCUUUCUCUACCACUGGUUCAGUUGAAUCAGCCCUUAUCAUUGCUGGUUAUGCCAACCAAACUAUUGAUUUGUCUGAAUAAUAAUUGGUUGACUGUUCUGCAACCAACUACGGUUGCGGUGGUGGCUGGAUGGACAACGCUUUUGAAUACAUCGAAGAAAGUCCCUUAACUACCAAUUCUAACUAUCCUUACGUUGCUGUUGACUAAGCUUGCAAUUCAACUGAAAUCUAUGGAGUUCUCUACUCUCUUAGCAACUACACUGAUGUUGAAAGUGGUAACACUGUCUAAUUAAAGUAAUAUCUUUAAUAAUAACCCCUUUCUAUUGCUGUUGAUGCUUCAUACUGGUAUUUGUACAAUAGUGGUAUCUUCUCAAAUUGCGGUUAAAACCUUAACCAUGGUGUCCUUUUGGUAGGUUUUAACAGCACUGAAGGUUCUUGGCUUGUUAAGAACUCAUGGGGUACCAGCUGGGGUGAAUAAGGUUAUAUUAGACUUGCUGACGGUAACACUUGCGGUCUUGCUAAUGCUGCCUCUUAUCCCACUGUUGUCCCACCUAUUACUUCCUACUGA